UUUUUGGGACACUUUGGGACAGUUCGGGUGACAGUCGUGAAAUUUCAUUUUUUGGGCUGCAUCUCCGCGAGCAAUUAGUGAAAUUCCACGAAAAGCCCUCAUUCACGGUGAUUGUGGUGAAGUGAAAUUGCUGGAAAAGUAUCCACGAUGGCAUCCCGGGAAGCAACGCACGCUGGAAGUUGGUACACGGACUCAGAAACUGAACUCAAUAGGCAAUUGGAUAGCUGGCUAGCCAAUGCAGAACUGAGCUAUGGUCCAGCUCGUGCCAUCAUUGCCCCGCAUGCAGGGUACACUUACUGCGGAGAAUGCGCUGCUUAUGCCUACCGACAAGUGAGUCCAGCUGUUGUUAAACGCGUCUUUAUCCUGGGACCAUCGCACUAUGUUCGCAUCAAAGGCUGUGCCUUAACGUCUUGCAGCACCUACAAGACACCUUUCUAUGAUCUCAUUGUCGACAGAGCUGUUAAUGAAGAGUUGAGGGAAUCUCAGCAAUUCCAGUGGAUGGAUUUAAAGACAGAUGAGGAUGAGCAUAGCAUUGAGAUGCAUUUACCAUAUGUGGCCAAAGUGAUGGAAGACUUCAAGAAUCAAUUCACUAUUGUGCCAAUUCUCGUUGGAUCCCUCACGCCAAAUUGUGAAGAGACAUAUGGCGAGAUUCUGGCCCCGUAUUUGGCCGAUCCACAAAAUCUCUUUGUGAUCUCAUCGGAUUUUUGCCACUGGGGCCAAAGAUUCCGGUACACGUACUAUGAGAGGAGCUGCGGGCAGAUCUACAAGUCAAUCGAGAAGCUGGAUAAGUCGGGAAUGGAGCUGAUUGAGAGCCUCAAUCCGGCAGCUUUUACGGACUAUCUCAAGAAGUACAACAAUACAAUCUGCGGACGUCAUCCGAUUGGUGUGAUGAUGCAGGCUGUGCAUACGCUCAAGACCAGAGGCUACCACAUGAGCUUUAAAUUCCUCAAGUAUGCUCAGAGUAGUCAGUGUAAGUCAAUGUCUGAUUCCAGUGUCAGUUAUGCUUCCGGAUCUUUAAUCUUCGAAUAACCUGAGAAUCGGUGAGACUCUACAAUCCCUCCCGUCUCCUCCCUCAGAAGAAAAAAAACACGCACUUAAAUACCACAAAAAAAACGAAUAAUUUUCAUCUAUGCAUGUAAGGUUUUGAUGGAUGACUUUCUCAAUUGUUUGUUAGGUCUAAUGCAUUUUUUUCUUUUUUGUAAAAUGCAAUGAGAAGGCAAGGAAAAUAGAGAAGCAAAAGCGUUUCAACAAUCUCAAAAUGUUGAGGAAGAAGAUUCCUACGUAAAUUUGCACGACCCCUCUCUAGGAUAUUUAUUUUACAUUUUUUAUUCUUAAAAAAAAUAGAUUUUCGAUUUAUCUUUUGGUAUAUAUCAUAAAAAAACCAUUAUAAUUCACAAUUUCUUUGAAUAAAAAUUGAUAUCAAUACAA